AUGACAGUUGCUUUCAGCAGCAUCAGCAGUGAUCCCUGCUACAACUAUGAGUCUCUGGAUCGUCCCUGGAGAGCCAACAAUGAAAGUGGAGAUUACGUUUGUGAUGACUCUUUCUCCUGGAAUGGCUGGUACCGGUUUUUCUACAAUGGAAUGAACAUCCAGAUGCCAGAGACCUGUGUUAGUACAUACAGCUGUAACACAGACAUCAAUCUGUGGCUCAACGGUUCUCACCCUCAGAUAGAGGAUGGAGUGGUGAUCAGAGAGGUCUGUGGCAAUUCUUUUUGGGAUGAGUGCUGUAAUUACAAGACAAACCCCCUCAGAGUGAAAGCGUGUCCAGGAAAUUACUAUGUCUAUGAACUUGUGAAUCCACAAAUCUGGUGUUCAGGAUACUGCACAGAUGUCAGCACCAUUUCACGGCCGAUUUCCACCACAAGUCCAAAUAUAAUUACUGGAUCCAGCAUUACCUCGAAUUAUGACCCCUGCAAUAACUACAACAUACUAGACAACCACCGGAGAAGCACACUCAAUUACUGGUAUUGGCAUGACUAUGCAAAUAGCCUUGAUGACACUCGUGUAGAAUGGGAUGGCUGGUAUCGGCUCUUCAUUGAUGGAUCAAGUGCUCAGAUGCCUGAGUGGUGUAUGUUUUACAUGUCAUGUGGAGGUUUUAGUGGUCUGUGGCUUGGUGGCUCACAUCCUCGUGUAGAAGAUGGAGUUGCUACACGAGAAAUUUACGGCUCUCGCUAUGAUCAGUGCAGUCGCUACAGAUCUGAACCAAUCCAAGUCAAAGCUUGUCCUGGAAAUUAUUAUGUCUACAAAUUUACCAGACCAACUCUUUCAAUCCCAGCUCCUGUAUAUUGUGCAGUAUUGUUAACCACUCCAAGUGUGGACCCCUGCUACAACUACACCAGUCUGGAUGACCCUUGGAGAGCCACUAAUUACUCUAACAUUGGCAUGUGUGAACAUAAUGUGGAGUGGAAUGGCUGGUACAGGCUGUUCUACAAUGGUCAAAAUGCCCAGAUGCCAGAAUCAUGUGUUAAUGAUGGCAUGUGUGGCACUCAUCACCCACUAUCACUCAAUGGCACUCACCCACAGCUGGAAGAUGGAGUUGUCAUCCGUCAGGUCUGUCUCCCAUGGGGUGACUGCUGUACUUACACAUCCCACCCUAUAAGAGUCAAAGCCUGUCCCGGAAAUUACUAUGUUUACGAGUUUGUCAAACCUAGGUUUUGCGCAGCUUACUGUGUAGCCUCAGGCCAGUCCAUCCAAUUAGUUUCUACAACAACAGAGAGAAUCCCACCCAUAGAAUCCAUUACUCCACCAAUCACAGCCUCUGACAAUGUCGUUGGAUUUCGAGUGAGACUUUCCUCAUUUUUAGACCUGACACAGAGUGGCAGCACUGAAAUAUUUUUACAGCAAAUAAAGCAGGAGCUGGUCAAGUACGGUCUGCCAAACAGCAUCGAACUGAAGUUAAGAAAACUGCAAAAGACAAAGCCAACUUUUCCGAACUCCACGACAGUUGCUUUCAGCAGCAUCAGCAGUGAUCCCUGCUACAACUAUGAGUCUCUGGAUCGUCCCUGGAGAGCCAACAAUGAAAGUGGAGUUUACGUUUGUGAUGAACGAUUCUCCUGGAAUGGCUGGUACCGGCUUUUCUACUAUGGAAUGAACAUCCAGAUGCCAGAGACCUGUGUUAGUUCAUACAGCUGUAAUGUAUACAUCAAUCUGUGGCUCAACGGUUCUCACCCUCAGAUAGAGGAUGGAGUGGUGACCAGAGAGGUCUGUGGUAAAUAUUAUACAGGUAACUGCUGUUAUUACAAGAUAAACCCCAUCAGAGUGAAAGCGUGUCCAGGCAAUUACUAUGUCUAUGAACUUGUGAAACCACAAUUCGGAUGUUCAGGAUACUGCACAGAUGUCAGCACCAUUUCACGGCCAAUUUCCACCAUAAGUCCAAAUAUAAUUACUGGAUCCAGCAUUACCUUUUAUGUUGACCCGUGCAAUAACUACAACAUACUAGACAACCACCGGAGAAGCACACGCAAUUACUGGUAUUGGAAUGGCGAUGCAAAUGGACUUGAUGACACUCGUGUAGAAUGGGAUGGCUGGUAUCGGCUCUUCAUUGAUGGAUCAAGUGCUCAGAUGCCUGAGUGGUGUAUGUCUUACCUGUCAUGUGGAGGUUUUAGUGGUCUUCAUCUUGGCGGCUCUCAUCCUCAGCUAGAAGAUGGAGUUGUUACCCGUGAGGUUUACGGCUCUCGCGAUUAUCGGUGCCGUUACUACAGAUCUGAACCAAUCCAAGUUCAAUCUUGUCCUGGAAAGUAUUAUGUCUACAAAUUUACCAGACCAACUCUUUCAAUCCCAGCUCCUGUAUAUUGUGCAGUAUUGUUAACCACUCCAAGUGUGGACCCCUGCUACAACUACACCAGUCUGGAUGAGACUUGGAGAGCUACUAAUUACUCUAACAUUGGCAUGUGUGAACAUAAUGUGGCGCGGAAUGGCUGGUACAGACUGUUCUACAAUGGUCAAAAUACUCGGAUGCCAGAAUCAUGUGUUAAUUAUGGCAUGUGUGGCACUUAUCACCCACUAUCACUCAACGGCCCUCACCCACAGCUGGAAGAUGGAGUGGUCCUCCGUCAGGUCUGUUUAUCAGCGGGUGGCUGCUGUACUUACACAUCCCACCCUAUAAGAGUCAAAGCCUGUCCCGGAAAUUACUAUGUUUACGAGUUUGUUAAGCCAAUUUUUUGCUCAGCUUACUGUGUAGACAGUGUAACCGAUCAGGGACGUGCAGAGAGUUCCUCAGGGGCAGGGGCUCAAAUGUAA